AUGGUUAUCAGGUCGUUCGACACCAGUGUCGUCCAUGAACUGUGCUCAAAAGAUCAACUAGAUCUACUCGACUCUAUAGAUCAUCUACGCUCUCAGGGAAUCGACCAUUAUGUCUCUCUACCCCAGAUCAUCGUUUGCGGCGAUCAGUCUUCCGGCAAAAGCUCUGUCCUUGAAGCUAUCUCCGGUGUCUCUUUUCCAGUCAAGAGCAACUUAUGCACUCGCUUUCCAACCGAAUUAGUCUUACGAAAGACAUCUAAGAUUGGCGUCAGCGUCUCCAUCGUUCCAGACCGCUCGCGUAGCAAAGUAGAACGUGUAUCCCUUAGCAACUUUCGCGAGACGCUCGACAGCUUCGCUGCACUCCCAGAAUUGAUUGAAAAUGCCAAAACAGCCAUGGCCAUUGGUAGCCUUGGUCGAGCUUUUUCAAAAGAUCUCUUGCGGGUUGAAGUAUCCGGUCCCGAUCGGCCGCAUCUUACGAUCGUAGACUUGCCAGGCCUUAUCCAUUCGGAGACAAAGCAGCAAUCCGCCGCUGAUAUCGAGCUCGUACAAGAUGUUGUCAAGUCAUACAUGGAAGAGCCCAGGAGCAUUAUCCUCGCGGUUGUAUCUGCAAAGAACGAUUAUGCCAACCAGAUUGUGUUGAAGCUUGCCCGAACUGCCGACAGAACUGGAACCCGCACGCUUGGUGUGAUCACCAAGCCUGACACCCUGAUCCCAGGAUCUGAUAGCGAAACCAUGUAUAUCUCGCUCGCUAAGAAUCUUGAUGUAGAAUUCCGUUUUGGAUGGCACAUUCUCAAGAACAUGGAUUCAGAAACUGGAUCCGAGGUACUUUCAAAUCGUGACGAAGAGGAAAGUCAUUUCUUUUCCAAAGGCAUAUGGCCCACGCUGCCCAAAACUAUCCUUGGUAUCGUGCCAUUGAGAGAGCGACUGAGCAAACUUCUUCUUGUCCAGAUCGCAGCGGAACUCCCCAGUCUUGUGGAGGAGAUUGAACUCAAGUCUGCCGCUUGUCGCGCUGGACUCGAAAAGCUAGGCCAGCCUCGGGCUAGUAUCGAAGAACAACGCCGAUAUCUAGUCACUCUCAGUCAAGCAUGCCAGGCCCUCACUAAAGCUGCCAUCGACGGGACCUACAACGAUGACUUUUUUGGCGACGCGAAGACUGAUGCUGGCUACCAGAAACGCGUCCGUGCCGUCGUGCAGAACCUCAAUCAGUCUUUUUCGGAGACAAUGGCCCGCAAGGGACACCGCUUUGUAAUCACUGACUCUUCUGAUACAAGUAUUCUACAAAUUGAUAGACCGAAGGAAAAUGUUCUUAGCCGGCCCGAGUUCCUCAAGCGUAUCGAUUCCCUCAUGAACCGUACCCGUGGCCGCGAACUCCCCGGGACCUUCAACCCCAUGGUAGUAUCGGACCUCUUCUUCGAGCAGUCAUCGCUGUGGGAAGAGCUUGCUAGAGCUCACAUUGUACAAGUCGUAAGUGCGGUGAGGACAUUCCUCCGAUACCUCAUCUCCCACGUUUCGGAUACGUCUACAUGUGGUGCAUUAUUUCAAAUCCUAGUCGAACCUGAACUCGAUAAGAUUUCGAAAGAUGUGAAAAGCAAGACGGCAGAACUGCUUGCUUCACAUCAGCGCGGGCACCCAAUCACCUACAAUCCCUACUUUAGAGAGACAGUGCAACAAGUCCGAAAGGAAAGAACUACUGCAGAACUCACACGCAUCAUUCAAGAUGUCUUCGACAUAGGCUCACUUCACCUGUCUGGGAAAUCCCGAUAUGUAGAAAUGGAUUACCGGCCGUUACUAGAUGCGCUUGUAGUGCACAGAAACCCUGAUUUGGAUCAGUAUGCUUGCUCCGAGGCGCUCGACUGCAUGCAAGCCUACUAUAAAGUCGCCUUUGAACGCUUCGUAGACGACGUUGCUGUUGAAGCUGUCGAAAAAGAUAUCAUCGCUAGACUUAGCGAUAUCGUUUCGCCGAUCAGAGUUACUUCUCUUGCCUCUAGUGUGGUAACAGAUAUCGCAGGCGAGUCCAAGGCGAGCCGAGCAAAGCGCAGCCAGUUGGAAACACAAUUGAACGUGCUGGUUCAGGGAUUGGAUACAUGUGAAAAAUUCAUGGUGAAAACGCUACAAGGUAAGAAUCAAACCAUGUUGUCAGCGGAGUUCUUUUGUAAAGUAAGCAUAAGCUAA